UAAAGAUUUCGCUGUCAAAAUGUUUGAAGAGAAUGAAGUGGUCAUAACCUAUAAUCCAAGAGAUGAGAAGAUUAAAUCGAAUUGGUCAAGUUUUUUAGGCAUUAAAGAUGCGGAGUGUUGCUUGUUGCGCUAUAGCAUUCCAUUAAUUCGGCGUGGAAACCAAUAUUGGUUUAUUCACAAAACCAUGCGAGAUUACCUAAUUGCUAGUGCAUUUAUGGAAUCAUGCGAACCAACACUACAUACAGCACUCUUCAAUAAGCAUUUAUUUGUGUCAGAACAUGGUGUUCGACAAUUUUUGGUUGAAUUCAUCCAACAAAAAAAAUCUUACAUACAAAAAUUAUCAUCUUUCAUUAAUAGCUCUAAAAAUGAUGAUAAUGCUCAAAUUGCUUCAGCUAAUGCUAUUACGAUUCUAAUGCAGGCUGGUGUACCAUUGAAAAAUUUAAAUUUAACUGAUAGUAAUAUUUCAGGAGCGGAUUUAAGCAAUGUGGUAUUUGACAAUUUGCAACUAGCAAGGGCCAAGUUAAAUAAUGUGAAUUUUCAAAAUGCAAAGCUUCGAUAUACAAAUCUCCAAGAUUCUUCUUCACAGAAUGCAAAUUUUAAAGGUGCAGAUCUUUCGUCCGCAAAUCUUCAAAAUGCGAUUUUUAAUAAUGCGGAUUUCCAAAAUGCAAAUUUUAAUGGCGCAGAUCUCUUGUCUGCAGACUUUCAGAAUACGAUUCUUAAUAAUGCGAAUUUUCAAAAUGCAAAGCUUCUAAAUACAAAUCUCCGAAACUCUUUUUCCCAAAAUGCAAACUUUAAAGGCGCAGAUCUCUCAUUUGCAAAUUUUCAUAAUGCUAUUAUUCAAGAUGCAAGUUUUUAUGAUUCAUGUCUUAAAGAUGUAAAUUUUGAAG